GACAUUCAGCUGAACAAUGUGUGACCCAGGACAUCCCUGCGUUCGCUGAUAAAGUGUACAAUGCGUCAUCAGAUAAGGUAUCAAUUGGGUUGAUGGGACAGCGGCAUAGGCACACUUUGCUUAUCAUGCGAUUGUUCAAAAUAUAUGGACAUUGCUGCAGUCACGCUCAGUAGGCUAUUUCCUGGUAACGUUCUCCGUUCUCCGGUUCAAGCAAUAAGCUAUUGUCUCUGUAAACGCUGCACACGUGAACACCUGCUAUGUGAGUGAGCAGUUUUCACCUGUUUUUCCCGAUCUUGGUAGCGUGUGAGCGAUAUCUACUCCCGAGGCUUGAUGUGAUUGCCGUUUACCUGGCUGGGUCCAUGGAUAACAGUAAGGGCAUUUUUGCAAUCAGUCACAAAACAGCAUGUCUCUGUUACAUUUGGCGGCAUCCAAGGUCUUGGAGUUCUUCCGUAGUCCGGUAGGUAGCGCUUGCAUCGCGUUUGUGGUUCUUAUGCUUGCGGCCUACUGCUGCUGGGCUGGCUACAAAAGUGGCAGAACUAGAGGGAUAACGCCUGCAGAGAGAAGGAGGUUAUUGCUGGCUGCAGGUAACUCAGACAGCACUUCCAUAGACUAUGAACAUAAUGCUCAAAACACUUUCACUGAUAACCGAAUGGCUGGAAGGACGCAGUCGACCAGUAAUAACGAUGCCGUGUCCGGCGUGACAGUUCCCUCUGCACCUCCGCCUUACCAAAGACGCGACGAGCCCCCGCCCUACGUAGACAUCUAUUCUUCGUCUCCACCGCCUUACUCGGAAGUUACAAAGGCGAAUCAAAAUGUGGGCACAUCUCAAGUCUGAUGUUUUAGUUCCUCCUGCGUACAUAUUGUUUUGAUGGACGUACAGUAUGCCACGAGAUAAAUGUGGAACUACUGUGCCGUAUGCAUGGUGACUAUAGAUCAAAGUGAAGCAAAGUCGUGCAGCAAAGGUGCAUGUAUACCACGCAAUUUGGCACAUUGUGAAAGAGCAUCGUCUUUCAUGGUGCUGUGCGCUUUUGUUAUAUUAUAAUUUUAUAAAGAUCCAGACACUGUUAAGUGCGUUUGCCGAUUUCAUGGUUUUACUGUCCUUGGGAUCGCCCGUAUUAUUUAUAGCAUUUUCAGUCUGCAUUUGACUAGAAUUAUAUGUGGAAGAGAACGUAUGUUUAUUUAAAUAGAUUUAAUCAUCAACUGUUUCAAAGAUGGUAUUCAAUAAUAAGGGAACAUUCAUAUCUCAAAUCGUUCAGGAAAAUAUCCAUUGCUGCAGACCAUUAUAAGGCAGCAGGUGGAGGAAAACAGCAAUUUUUAAAGCGGAUACCGGAUUUAUAAUGGAUGAAGAUUAUUUAAGGGAACGUUUGCAUCAGCAAGCAGUGUUAAGCAAAAGGAUACAUCUACGAGCCACUUUUUCAUACAAGGAUUUAUGUCAUCCAUCUGCCGAGUGAUACCGUUUUUACCUUUACAAGAGUAAAUGCAAAGAUCGUUAUAUGGGACAGCGUUCGGUUAAUUAUAUUUCCCUCAUUUAUUUAUUAGGAAUUCAAGAUUCAAGUUGUGUCAAGUAACCUAUGUGUUUAUUGUGAAUAAGGGCAUAUUUAGAUUUUGAUGCCCCAUGUAAAGCAAUGCCUAUGAUAGUUUAUCUGAGGGGCAAAACGCGUUUAUCUCUGCUGUCAGGGCGGGUAGGGGGCGGUAUUGAGGUCCAUAUUCAUAUCUAUCCUUAUAUCUAUGGCCUUGUUUAUGUGGGUUAUCUUUGUCAACAAGUCUGUACCAAAGCACAGUAAGAGUAGGACAGUGCCCACACCCCACUCCAGUGAAGAAAUGCAGUUUGAUUACUUAGGUUUUACUGUACUGUUGUAAAUGUAGCAUAAUAUUCUCUGUUUCAGUGGUGCGAUGCCACUUUUAUACGGGGGCCCCAAUCUUUGAAACACUAUCGAGAUGGUAAAUAAGCAAACGGUUUUUAACCUAUCAUGUUGAGAUCUUUAACAAACUACAAGGUCGUAGAAUGCCAUAGAAGUGAGAGAGGGAGGGAAGGGGGGACUGGAGAACAUUCCCCCAGUGUUUUUUUUUUAAUAAUUGAAGUGGGCAUUUAUAAAAUGCUAACAUUUCGCUUUAUCUGAACCAGUCCUUUUUCAGUAAGCGUCUACACGAGUACCGCAGACUGGCGAAAUUAAUUGCUUACACGUAUAUUGAUAUUGUAGGCCUGCAACAGCUGAUACCCCACCCCACCCCACCCUCCCGAGUAUUUUCCUUAUCCUACAGCCCUGGACUUUGACACGGCAGACUCAUUAAUUUAAAAGAAACGGCUGUAAACAUUCUUUCCAUAGUGUUAAAUUCAGUAAAUUCAGGUGAAUAUUCCCACUGAAACUACUGGUGUACGUAGAUCGAUCCAGCUUCACGGUGACUCUUGGUGCAGUCAGCUUGACAGAUUUUAAACGCGCCUCCUCUUGUCUCCAACGAACUCGUGUAUUCUACAGCUUUUCUGUAUUCUUAACGCCAGGAGGAGACGUGAUAAUAUUUUAAUCUGAUUGCAUUCAGCGAGAGUCCUGACGGAGUUAGAUCGAUCUAAAUAGACCGAUAGUUCCAAUGGGAAUGAGCCCUAAUACUUCGUGUAUUGCAAAAGAAAACGAAAAGAAUGCCUUACAGAUUUCAAAAUAAAUUCUGAUGUUGUAUGCUAAUAUUAGUAACUACAAAACAUGAUGAAAAAUUAAGUCAUAUUAUAAAUGGAUUAGCAACGUUUUUUACUUGUAUAGUCGACUACAUGAGACAAUUUUAGGUGGUAAUAAAAACUGCGAUACCUUUUUCAAA